AUGAUAAAUAGUUUAUUUAUGAUUAGUGAAUCGGGAGAUACAUUUAUGGAAAAACAUUGGAAAGCAGUUUUAAAUAAAUCCAUCUGUGAUUAUUUCUAUGAAGCGCAAAAAAAGUGUGCGAAUCCGGAAGAUAUUCCACCUAUUAUUUGUACACCUCAUCAUUAUUUGAUAAAUAUCUAUCGAAAUCAUCUUUAUUUUGUUGCUGUAAUUAGUCAAGAAAUUCCGCCACUUUUUGUCAUUGAGUUUCUUCAUCGUAUGAUGGAUUUAUUUGAGGAUUAUUUUGGUACAUGUACAGAAACAUCAAUUAAAGAUAAUUAUGUUGUUGUUUACGAACUACUAGACGAAAUGCUUGAUUCUGGUUUACCGUUAGCUACCGAAACAAAUAUUCUUAAAGAACUUAUUAAACCACCGAAUUUACUACGUAAAGUGACGAAUCUUGUAACUGGAGAUAGUACAAAUUACGACAACACUUUUACGAAUAAGAAACUAUCACACAUUCCAUGGCGCCCAUUGGGUGUUACCUAUAGAAAUAAUGAAGCUUUUUUUGAUAUUAUUGAAGAAGUCGAUGCUAUCAUUGAUCAACAUGGUGCAAUAGUUAUGUCUGAAAUUCAAGGAUCUAUUGAUUGUCACAUCAAAUUAACUGGUAUGCCGGAUUUAACAAUAUUUUUUAUAAAUCCUAGAUUAUUGGAUGAUGUUAGUUUUCAUCCAUGUGUACGAGUGAAAAAAUGGGAAAGUGAGCAUGUUCUUUCAUUUGUUCCACCUGAUGGACGUUUUCGAUUAAUUUCUUAUCGAGUUGCAACACAGAAUCCCAUAUCGAUGCCGAUUUUUGUCAAACACAGUAUAUACUUUCGUGAAGGUGGUCUAGGAAGACUUGAUCUAACUGUAGGACGAAAACAACAAAUAGACAAAACAAUUGAAAAUGUUACUAUUGAAUGUGUCAUGCCAAAGUGUGUACUCAAUUGUGCACUGACACCAUCUCACGGCAAAUAUACAUUUGAUCCUGUCAAGAAAACUCUUGUUUGGAAUGUGGGCAAAAUUGAAUCUAAGCCACAAACUGCAGCACCUUUACCAACGCUUCGUGGUAAUAUUGUGCUAGCAGCUGAACAACCGUUGCCUGAGUCGAAUCCAAUAUUAACUGUUAAUUUUAAAAUCAAUCAAAUAACUAUGUCGGGCUUACGAUUACAACGCGUUGAAAUGCACGGAGAGGAUUAUAAACCAUUUAAAGGAGUUAAAUAUAUAACAACAGUGAAAAAUGGUCGUUUUCAAAUUCGAACAUAA